AUGAGUCCUCAACUUCCAAACCCCAAGGCAGGCAAAAACCCUCUGCGCACUCGCCGCCACCCUCCUACCUCUGAAUCCGCGAACCCUUCACUCCACCCGAUCGACCUACCCCACAACGUACCGUCCAGGAGGAAUUCUUCAUCUCAACCGCCUAUUCCACCAUCACCGCCAGAGCUCUGUCAUCCCAAGGACAAUUGCUCAAUGGCGUCACACCGCUCCAACUGGCCCAAAACGGCUUUCACUACCAACCAUACGGAAGUUCCGGUGGGCUGGUCUACUGCUUUGCUUGUCAACAAUUCAAACGCCAAGAUAGCUUCCAAGGAGUACCUUUCCAAGAGGCACAGCUACCACAUUCAGUAG